GCACUUCUAUUAUCUUCUUUGGGAAAAAUAAUAAUAAAAUGUCUGCGAAACCAACCUGCUUAAUAGUGGCCAGCGCUUCCCCUCAAGGGGUCUCCGCCAAAUCCUUUCUGCAGUGCUUCAGUCUUUGCAGCACAGCUUUCAAUCUGCAGACCGCCACACCAGGGGGAAAGCCAAUAGACUUUGUAGGAGUUGAUGAAAGCACAGCGAGAUGGGUGCAGGACUUUAAUGUGAAGUCCUACGCAACACCAGCCAAACUCGAAUCCAUAGAUGGUGCCAGAUACCAGGCGCUGCUUAUCCCCGACUGCCCUGGAGCGCCGAACGACCUGGCACACAGCGGCUCCAUGCACCGAAUUCUCACACAGUUCAUCUCCCAGCAGAAGCCCGUGUGUGCUGUUGGACAGGGCGUGUCAGCGCUGUGCUGCGCCACCGACGGGCAGAAGUGGAUCUUCAGUGGUUACAGCGUAACAGGGCCGUCUGUGUUUGAACUGGUGCGUCAGCCCGACUUUGCCAACCUUCCCCUUAUUGUGGAGGAUUUUGUAAAAGACAGCGGAGGAUCUUAUACAGCGAGUCAAGAAGACGCCGUGCAUGUAGUUGUGGACAGACACGUCAUAACUGGACAGAAUCAGCAGUCGACGUCACUGGCAGUGAAUAAUCUCAUCCUCCUUUGCAAUGCCAAAUAAAAGGUCUCUCUGUCUGGA